AUGCCCGUUGCAGACACACUUGCCGUAAUUGUCUUCGUAUGUCUGCUCCGUUCGCUAGGCUUUUCUACUCCGGAGCUAGAGUUCCGAAUAGUGAACGGGACGGCUACACAGAUCUUUCGGUACCCGUUCAUGGUAUCGGUGCAGGUGUGGACCACGCUGGAGAAGAACCAUAUCUGCGGUGGAACGCUCAUCAGUGACAUCUGGAUACUGACGGCCGCGCACUGUGUGGACCAACUGACUCCACAGACCGCUAUGGUGCGUGCCAACUCGUCGUUCUACCAGCGAGGUGGCCAGCUGCAUCGGGUGGAUCGGCUGAUAAAGCACGCAAACUUUUCCUACGACACCGGAGACUACGACUUCGGAUUGCUCCGGCUGAAACAGAGGUACAACCGAGCGGUGGUGUUACCAUUGCCAGCCGGAAGGAAGCGGUUUCCGCCCGCCGAACUAUGCACGGUGCUUGGAUGGGGUCUCACGCUGGGUCCAGAAUCGAGGAGCCAGCUGCGCCGAGUGGUUCUGCCGAUCGUUUCACAGCCAGUUUGCCGUCAAGCGUACGUUGCCACUGAUGUGAUUACGGCCCGUAUGAUGUGUGCCGGAUUCGCGAAAGGCUUGAAAGAUGCGUGCGAUGGAGAUUCUGGAGGUCCCCUCGUCUGUCGUGGUAAGCAGGCGGGCAUCAUAUCGUGGGCCAUCGGAUGUGCCAAGCCGAACAAGUACGGCGUGUACAGUAGCAUCGCUGCGGGUCGUGAAUGGAUUCGACGACAGACCGGUGUUUAA